AUGGAGGUGGUGAAUGCGUUGAGCCAAGGCUACUCAUCUUUAGUCGCUUCAUCCAUUAUAGAUUACUGUUACUUUAUGUCAUUAGGUUUUCCCCAUGUCAUUUAUGAUCAUUGUAAUAGGGAAAGUAAUCGAGUAGCUCAUGAACUAGCAAGGUUGGCUAGGUUUUCUUAUCCGAGUGUUUGGAUGGAUAACGCCCCUGAUGAGGUUAUCCUUUUACUUGUAAAUGAUGCUACUUUACUUAUGAAUGAAUAA